AUGAAAGAGGCAGAACUUAGUGCGACAGAAAGCCAAGAUGAGAUCCCAAAGUCUAAUUCCUUAUUAAUUAUAGAAAAAUUAACAAAGGCCGUUUGUAGCCUUUAUUUUAUAAAUUGUUUUAUGGUGCCAUCAGUAGAUAAUUUGAUUGAAAAGUACCCAAAAGCAAUCAUCAUUAAGAUCAUAGAUAUGAUUCUGGGGGCGGUAACAAUUUCCCUCGUUAUUAUAGUUUUCUUUUUAUAUCGAAAGAACGGUCAUUUUAAAAAUGAAAAUAAAACAAAGCCAAAGAGAUGUUCGAAGGUAGUAUGUCCCAGCUGUGCUGCCAGAAAAAAGUAUCCUAAAUGGUUUCAGCUAAAGUAUUUGUUAUUGGUAUCAAUGACUGCUUUCAGCUUCUACUUUUGUACCAAAAUUAGGUUUUUUUUUAAAACUGACCAAACUAUUAAUUUACACCGACUAUCACAGCUAUUUAGAUUGCAGCUAGGCUGGAUAUGUACUACUGCAUUAUUAUUCUAUUUUUACGAUGCGUUGAUAUUACAUAGCGGGUUCAUUGAAGGGUAUAGAUGUGUCAAUGGAAAGGGAGCGAUGUCUGAAGGUAAAACCGGGCAAUUAAAUUGA